GUUUGGAAGGAGCAUCUAUGGGAAGGAGAAUGACGAUGGUUUUGUUAGAGACGUUUAAGCUGUUAAAGUCUUCUGCAUAUUUCAAUAAUCUUUGAUAUUUGGAAACCUAAAGUGAUAGUUUUAUUUCUGGUACUUGAUAUAAAUCUAUCAACAGUCAUUUGAGUCUUUAGCAGGUUUAUGUUAGCAGUCUUUGUCAGUGUGGGUGCGGCUCACGCUCUCAGUCGACAAACCAGUGAGAUUUUACAUUUGGGCCAUAUAACAUCGACGGAUUAUCUUCAUUAAUUUUUUGUUGGAAUCAACUGCACCAUGGAUUGUAUUUUAAAAUGCUUCAUUGUACUACUCCUGUGCGUAACGAGAUAUAUUCAGCUGCAGACCCGCAUCACCUUCGGUUUCAAAACCACAGGCACAGAACUGAGGGAUUGCGUUGUUGACAAGCAUGGCGGAGAGCACGGUGUGUUUGGUGAUCCAGAUGAAGUGAAGUCAGUGUCAGUCUUUGAGGGAGAUCCUGUUACUCUACAAACUGGUGCUAAAAUACAGAGCGGUGACAAGAUACUGUGGAGGUUUGGAGAAGAAGGCUCUGCCAAUCUUCUAGUUCAAAUGCAUGGAAAUAGGAUCUCGUAUAAAGAUUCCAUUGAUGUGAGAUUUAAAGACAGACUGCUGAUUUCAAACACUCAGACUGGAGAUCUCACCAUCAACAACAUGAGAAUCAAAUACUCUGGACUCUAUACAGCAGAGAUCCAAGCUGGCUCUGGGUCAUCCUUCAAGAAAUUCAGAGUUACUGUCAAAGAAUCUCCUCGUUAUACUGAUGCUGGAGCAUUUUUUGUGAAGUCAGUGUCAGUGAUGGAGGGUGAAUCUGUUACUCUACACACUGAUGAACAAACACAGAGAGAUGAUCUGAUACAGUGGAGGUUUGGAGAUAAAAAUCUUCUCAUAGCUAAAGGUGAUAUGGAGGACAAUAAGAUCUCAUAUAUUGAUGAUGAUGAUAGAAGAUUCAGUGGCAGAUUGAAGCUGAAUGAUCAAACUGGAGAUCUCACCAUCACAAACAUCAGAACCUCAAACACUGGAGUUUAUAAUCUUAAGAUCAUCAGCAGCAGAGAGACAAAAUACAAGACAUUCAGUGUUUCUGUCAGUGUCAGUGGUCCUGGUUUGUCUUCAGGUGUUAUAGCAGGAGUAUGUGUUUUUUUCCUGCUGGUUAUUGUUGCUGUUAUUGCUGCCGGUUUGAUUUUGUAUCGCCGUGAGAAACAAACAGUUAUGAUGAAUGUGACUGAAGGAGAUUGUCUCACUCUACAUGCUGCUGGAAGGAAACUACAGCCAGAGACUCAGAUUGAGUGGACGUUUAAUGGUCGUGUGAUUAUGACUGGAGAGAUGACAAAGGACAAAGGGAUCACUAAAAAUAAUAGUAAUGAUCAGCAAUUCACUAGCAGACUGAAAUGGAAUAGGUUUAUUGGAGAUCUUAUCAUCAAUGCCAUUUCACAGAAGGAUGCUGGAAUCUAUGAAGUAAACAUCACCUACAAUAAAGAAACAUCACACAAAAGGUUCAAAGUUAAUGUGACUGAUGCAGUUAUUUCAGUGUAUCAAGGAGAUACUGUCAUUCUACAUGCUGCUAAAAGUGAACUACAGACAGGGACUCAGAUUGAGUGGAAGUUUAAAGGUCGUGUGAUUAUGACUGGAGAGAUGACGGAGGACACAGGGAUCACUGAAAUUAAAAGUGAUGAUCAGCAAUUCAAAAACAGACUGGAAUUGGAUAAUCAUGUUGGAUCUCUUAUCAUCAGUAACAUUUCAAAUGAUGACACCGGACUCUAUGAAGUAAACAUCACAUACAAUAAACAACUAUUACCCUUUAAAUGCCAAGUAAAUGUGAUUGGCAUAGCUUCUUUUGACCGACUGCUAGAAAAUAUGCCAGUUAUGAUGAAGGUGCGUGAAGGAGCUCCUCUCACUCUAUCCUGUGCUGGUGAUUGUGAACUACUGACAGGGGCUCAGAUUGAGUGGACGUUUAAAGAUCGUGUGAUUAUGACUGGAAAGAUGACAGAGGACACAGGAAUUGUUGAAAAGAAAAGUGAUAAUCAGCAAUUCAAAAACAGACUGGAAUUGCAUCAUUUUGUUGGAUCUCUCACCAUCAAGCCCGUUUCAAAGGAGGACGCUGGAUUCUAUGAAGGAAAGAUCACCUACAAUGGAGAAACAUCACACAAAAGAUUCUAUGUUAAUGUGACUUACAACCCUUUCCGAAGUCAGGUAGCUGAUGUACGAGCUGAAAUAAAAGUGCCUGAAGGAGAUCGUCUCACUCUAAAUGCUGCUUAUAGUGAACUACAGAUAGGGGCUCAGAUAGUGUGGAAGUUUAAAGAUCGUGUGAUUAUGACUGGAGAGAUGACAGAGGACACAGGGAUCAUUGAAAUUAAUUGUGAUGAUCCGCAAUUUAGUGACAGACUGGAAUUGGAAUCUUAUCAUGGACAUCUCAUCAUCAAUAACAUUUCAAGGAAGGACAUUGGACUCUAUGAAGGAAAGAUCAUCAACAAUAAAAAAACAUCAUGCUACAAAACCCAAGUUAAUGUGAUUGACAAAGCUCUCCGGCCUCUGCCAGAUGAAGUACCAGAAUCUGUAAAAACAGUCUAUGGUGUUGUGAAUGUGGUGGAAAAAGAUUCAGCAAGAACCUAUAGAAAUGAUCCGGGGGUUGACAUACCUCUGUUGAAAAAAGUUUGAGGAAUUCUCAACAUCAUGAGUGAUGCAUCACCAACAUCCACAGUAACAAUGUUUUUUACUGAGUUCACAAUCCGUUUUGUUAAAAUAAGAAAUUAACACUUUGUGCUGUUGAGCUCAAGUGAUAAAACCUUUUUAAGGUUUAUGAUGAUAAGAAACCAACUUUCAUUUAUUAGCCGACCGCACUGUUCAAUGAUCGGAAUGUGUUUAUUUUAUUUUUUUACAUUUAUAUUUUAUAUCUGUUACUCACCUCACAUCAUAUUAACACUUUGACAGUAUUACUUUAAUAUUUGAUGAUGAUGAUAUACAUUACAUACAGUAAGAUGAUCUGUGUGUACACCUGUAAUCUUUCUCUAACCUGACAAUCUGAUUUUCUGUUAACAUCAAAAACAACUUCAUGUUGAUCUGUGUGUUCAGUAAAGAUGAGAUCAGAUGAUAAUGAUAUUAUAAAAGUUCAGUGUGUAUUUAAAAUACACAUCAUUGAUAAACAUCUGUGGUCAUUUAAUGCCAAUUCAGUUUGAGGUUUUAUUAUUGAAGUUCAUAUUCAUUUAGUUUUAUAUUUUGCUACAUUAACUAGUUAUGUUUAAAUAUGUUUUGCUUAAGUAAAUCUGUUUUGUGAUCAGAUCUGAAUGUAAAAUUGUAAAUAUGAAUUCAGACUCUCAGUACAGAUACAAAAAACCUUUCAUAUAGCACCUGACUGACUAACACAACUUAUUUUACUCAUAAGAUAACUAAUCUUACUAAACUGCAUGCAUGUUUCUGCUUUAGAUUUGUACUCUAGUAUUAAAUAUGACUUGUGGGUAUCUGAAUCUUUUACGCUUGUUAUUAAUCUCAUUUUUAUUUCACUUUACAGUGGAUAAUUGUCUGUUAAAUGAAUACAUAUACAUGUAAGUGUAUUGAUAAAACUUUGUGUCUGAUUAUUUCAGUUCUCUAUAGUGUGUAAACGCUGAUUAUUUUGCAUUUAAAAUGGAAAUGAGUGAAGGCAUGCCAGCUUUGUUUUGAAGUUAAGCUUUAACAAGUACAAGUAAACAUACUGUGUGUUAUUAUCAUUAUUAAUAAAGAUGAUGUGAAACAUC